CAUUCGAUCGCAACUGGUCGCGCGCGCAGCAAGAAAGAAGCUACACUUUGCUCAGCUACCAGCAGCCAGGAGGAGCGAGCAUCGACAGAUCGACCCGCGAUGUCGUCGUCGUCGUCGUUGGCGCCGAGGAGCGGCGGCGUGAGCAUGGCGGACCGCGCGCUCCGCGGGAUGGCGGACCUGAUCAAACUCCUUCCCAGCGGCACGGUGUUCCUGUUCCAGUUCCUGACCCCCCUGGUCACCAACAACGGCCACUGCUCCACCUUCAACAAGGUCCUGAGCGGGUCCCUCGUGGCGCUCUGCGGCGGCUUCUGCGCCUUCUCCUCCUUCACCGACAGCUACGUGGGCUCCGACGGCCGCGUCUACUACGGCGUCGUCACGCGCCGUGGCCUCCACACCUUCUCCCCGGACCCCGACACGGCGUCCCGGGACCUGUCGGCGUACCGGCUCCGCGCGGGGGACUUCGUCCACGCCGCGCUGUCGCUGCUGGUGUUCGCCACCAUCGCGCUCCUGGACGCCGACACCGUGGCCUGCCUGUACCCGGCGCUGGAGGUCAGCGAGCGCACCAUGAUGGCCGUGCUCCCCCCCGUCGUCGGCGGCGCCGCUGGGUACGUGUUCAUGGUGUUCCCCAACAACCGCCACGGCAUCGGGUACCAGCCCACGCGCGCCACCGAGGACUUCGAGCACAAGUACUAGCCCAUGCCCAUGCAUCGAUCGACGUCGAUCGGCGUGCACUGCCGCCGCCGCCGGUGGCCGGAGCCGCUUUGAUCGCUGCGAGUUGGGUGAUGUAUCAGUGUGUGAAUGUGUGAUGGAUUGUUUGGGUCUCAAAGAGUCGGGACUCGAUCGAGUCAGCAGCUGUGUGGAAAGCGUGCGUGUCAGGGACGGUGAUGUGUGUCGUCUUCGUUUUGUUUGAUUUCAUCAGGUUUGCUUGCAUACUGGGUUACUGAUACUCUGUACAGUAUAGCCAUUGCAUUAUUCCUGUCCAAAGAUUGGAAGCUUUCUGCUUCUCUCGCCAA